AUCCGAGUAGUGCCACUUCGCUCCUCCUCCUCCGUGCUCUCGAUCAUUUUCGCGUCAUCACGGUUUGCCGCAUCGCUUCACGGCGGCACUUUUUCCCGCGAAUUCGUAUUGAAAUUUGAAAAGUGUGCAGCGCUGGCGAUGAACUCAAUCUCGUCCUGCAGCUCUACUUGCAUUGGCGAUGAAGCUCUGAAAUCCGAGGAGGUUUCUCGCAGUCUGUCUGAUUCCCGAGUCAUGAACAACUACAAGGUCGUGUGUGUUUGUGAGUAGAGUUGAAGAGUGACAAUCUUCAUCUUCAGUCGAAUUACCGUGUGAUUAGAAAACAUCGGGACUCCGCUUGAAGCUCAGUGACUUUAAUCAACCCUGUACGUUGAAAGGCUUACCAUGUCUGCACCGGAGAUAUUAUGACAUCGAUCAGGAACGAACGAUGAUGUCUAUCCUUCAAUCCUUGACAUCAGCGAUACACUUGGUGGUUCGAAAUUGUGUUUUUGAGUUUUUGCCUCUGUUGCUUGAAGUUCAAUACGACGAAUAAAGGAGAUGAGUUAACAUGAGAGUGUGCCUCAGUCAACGAUAUUUUGAGAAUUGUCGUUUUUCCAAACAAUUUGUCUCAUUAUGGCCGUCUUCGACAAAACAACCAUCAAAAGGAGCUUACGAACGUAGAGAAAAAAUGUAAAGAACAAGCCGAGGAGAUUUCAAAAUUAAGGGAGGUGUUGGCCAUUAUCGGAAGCGGAGAAGGAGAUCUUCGUGAAGUAAAGAUUCUCGAGUUGUUUAAGAAGAAUCGACUGCUGAACUUGCAAUUGGAAAGGGAAAGAACUCGAAAUAAUAAUACACGGAGGGCCGUGGCGGUCAUGCAACAAGAGAUGCUCAACAUGCAGAGUGCAAAGCCCCCCGAAAGUUCUAUUAAAGAAAGCACAGACGACUGGGAGGACAAGUUUCACAGGGUGAAACAUAAACUUGAAAUUAUACAAGCAAACGAGUCCAUUCUAGAAAAGCAGGUUCAGAGGUUGCAUCACGUCCUUCAACGGGAAGUUGGAGAGCAUAUCCCUCUAGCAAAGGUUGUAGAAGAAGGCACUGGUUGGGUAGGAAGAAGUGAACUCAUUUCUAAACUGAAGGGCAAGGUUGAAGAGCUAAAGGCUCAGGUGAAAAUACUGCAGCCUGCUCCCCUUGAAGGAUAUACAACAAUUAAAAAUGAUGAGCACCACACUGUUGAAAUUCUACAUAGGAAUGAAUUAGAACGUUUGGAUGUAGAAAGGCGCCUCCAGUAUGACAAGUUGAUCCAUGAUUUUCUGACCCUUAGAGCUUCUUGGGGAAUGCAAAAGAAAAGACUAGAUGGAGUAAUAGCAAGGCGAAAUAUCUUAGAAAAAGAGUUAACAUCAGCCAAAUCAAAAUUACAAAUACUAUUGACUAAAAGCAUCAAUGAUGAUACAUUAAUUCAAGCUCUCACAAUUGAACUUGCUGCAGCAAAACAGGCAAAUGGACCACCAUUUCCCAAGCCAGGAGGACCAUUGCAAUUGGAUCAUCAUGCUCGUUGCCACAAGCUUGCAGCUUCUUUCCAUGAGUUGAAGAGCCAGUGCCACAUACAGGAAAUUUGUCUGAAAAAUCAAGAAGAAAUUAUUCAAACAUUCCAAGAUACCAUUGAGGACCCCAGCUGUGAUGAUUGGUGUACUGCUGAAUUGUAUCAAGAAUCACACCAACCUGAGGUAGUUUUUGUACCAGUUGAAGCUCAACUUUUCAACAAUGAUAGGAUUACAGAUCCCCCAUGUUCUUUAGAAGCCUUGUGUGAGCAAUUUGAGUAGGUAUGUGUUGCACUAGGCCUUUUGUUAACUUGAUGAUGUUAGUGUAUGUGAGGAAAUUUUGCUCCAAGGCAAGGAGCUGAAAUGGCACAAAAUUAAAAACAAGAUCCCUAUUGCUUUGAUAUUUUAAAGUUUUAAAAAAUGUUUUUAUUCAUUGUAACGAGAAAAAAAACUUGUCCUUUUGACCAUUGUAGGUAUUUACAAUGCAAUAAAUUUUGAACUAAAUCCAUUAUUUCACAACCUUGGAUAUCAUUUUAA